ACCUAUUUGAACUAAAAAAUAAUUUUAUUGAAUUAUUUUUUAAAUUCAAACUAUUUCUUUUUUAAAAUCAAAAAUAAAAUAUAAUUGAUUUAACAAUUUUUAUUGUUGUUUUUACAUUAAUCUAGAAAAUAAUAAUAAUUUUAGAUUCAACAAUAUUUUUCUUUACCAAUAAAAAUUAUUUCAUUGAAAUCAAAAAAAAUUUUUUUUGUUCGUUGAAUUUGCCGUUCUGACACACACACUAGCUUAUUAUGUAAAUGUGUAUGUGUGUUUUUAAAUGUUCAUAAUUUGGCAAAGCCGCCAUUCUAGUUAUUUGAAAACGGUAAAAUGGACUCUGAAGAGCAAAUUUUUGUUGAGGAAAUCAAGGAAGCAAGUGAGGCGUUUAUCGAUUUACUACUGUCUUUCGGUAUAAGUGAUCUGAUCGUUAAUAAAUUUGUUGAAAACCAGUAUACCGUGGAGACGUUGAAAAUUAUUGAAAGGAAGGAAGUGGAAGAAUUGAAACCUGCGCCAUUUCUUUCCGAACGGACGAAAUGCAUUUUUGGGAUUAAUUCUUGGAGAGUCGCGCAGGGUCUAUCGCCGUUAUCUACUGGCCAUUUAUCAGCCGAGCAAACCACCUCUUCACAGCCAUCAAGCGAAAUACUAAAAUCCGAAAAAAUAACACGCGAACGUUGCAACGCAAGUUACCUUCUCAACGCUUCAUCAAAAGGUCGUGCCUUACUGCAAAAAUGUCAACCCCAAAGGUUUUUGUCAAGAGCGGAUAAGAAAGCCAUCACUCAUAUCGUGGUUGAUGAAUUUAAGGAUCGUUUCGGAAAACUAACAACGUCGGAGUUGCAAGAUAGAGCUGCUGAACUGAGGAAGCUGUUUCCAGGAGAGCCCGAGGACGGAUGGUAUCAGCCAACUUUCAUCAAAAGCAGUGCGGGCCGGAAGACCAAACUACGUAAACAGGCCAAAGGACGAUUAUACGACAGAAAUAUCAACUACCGGGAAACAAUUGCGGAUGACCAGGAAAAUGUGCCGCAGCCUUCUACAUCCCGUGUGGCGCCUUUUCAACCGGAGGAGAUAAUUUCGAAAGAGCAAGCUUCAGAGUAUCAACAAAUCAAGGCCUGGUUCGUGAAUAACCAAGACGAGUGGGAAGAAGUUAAACAGAAGUGGAAGUCAACAAGCAAGCUGCGAAUAUUGGAACUAUCAAAAAAAUCCAGCUGGACGGGUUCCGCUAUUCUUUCGGAGUACCCUAUACUAAGAAAUCAUCUAGGCUAUCAGCUUGCUCAGAUUGAUUUUAUGCACAGGUUUCUAGGAAAGGAAACUCUGUUGUUUAACCGUUGGCCAACAUUUGUUGAAGGCAUUCGCUCUAUAUUGGAUAUCGAAGUGACAGACGCAGAUGGAAAGUUUCUUCUUUCUUUGCUCGAUGGCGAAUUAUUUAUUUUAGAUACUCGCGAUUUCAUCAUCGUAUCAUUACUCGCACAUGUAUUGCCAAGUCCUCAUCUAACUUGUUCCGGAAAACAGCGGUGGAAACCAUCAAUUCUUGAAUCAAGGCAAAGUGUGGUGAUUCAUCUUAACGAUCUGUCGGAUUUAAACGAAAUACUUGGAACCGUAUUCAACAGAAGUCGCGAAAAAGGAAUCGAAACUGCUCCCUUCAUAUUGGUUCAUGGUGAUCUGCAGAGACCCAUCGGAUUCCUUGUAUGGAAUAAUAUCGUGUCGUACAAGUUGCCGAACUUGAAGGCUCUCGAUAUUUGCCUAAAGAUAUACAAAGCCUACAACAUUGAUUAUCCACGGCAAUCACUGUCAAUUUGGGAUUUACUCUCCGCAUUCUUAUUUGACUUUGAUCCGGUUAGUGACAAGGCAACUAUUUCCACGCUGUGUGCAGCUAUACGAACAAAACAGCCACCACAAUGA